AUGGCUUACACAUUGCCAAUCUCGAUUCUCCUCUGCGGGGUGAUAGGUCUAAGUCUGGCGUACAGCGGGCCCGACCUGCCGCCAGGCCCGUACUGCGGCCGCACAAAUGAAUGCUGUAAAAACAGAGAAGACAGAUGCUCACAUUACAUUCUCGGAACAAUGUGUUACUGCGACGAGUUCUGCGACAGACCAAACGGGCGGGAUGAUUGUUGUCCAGACUAUCAACCUGUCUGCGAUCCUCAGAGCACCCCGCCUCCUGGUGAAAUAAAGAAGCCCGACCCUUGCCGGCAUGGUGGCAGGAUCUAUAGGACUGGAGACACCAGAAAGGAAGGCUGUAAUACUUGUGAGUGCGUGUUCGAGUAUGAACAGAACAACUGGCAGUGCAGUCGGGACCCGUGCAUCAUAGACGAUGACGUCAUCAGCUACGUGAACCGUGACUACCGACUCGGCUGGCGCGCUUCCAACUACAGCCAGUUUUAUAAUAAGAAGCUCAAGGAUGGACUCAUUUUUAAACUGGGUACAUUUAAACUAAGCCAAGAGUUAUAUCACCUUGGUGCUGUCAACUACGACAAGGAUAUUGACUAUCCCCGUCAAUUCGACAGCAGACAGAAUUGGGCCAAUUUCAUUACACCGGUGGUGGACCAAGGCUGGUGCGGAUCCGACUGGGCUGUCUCUCUAGCCACUAUUAUUUCUGAUAGAUUUGCGAUCCAGUCCAAAGGAGCAGAGAGGGUGCGCCUGAGUCCUCAGACUCUUCUGUCCUGUAAUGUCAGAAGACAGCAAGGUUGCAAAGGUGGUCACAUCGAUACCGCUUGGAGAUUCGCAAGUGUACACGGAAUGGUUGACGAAGACUGCUACCCUUACAAAGCAAGAGUAACCACAUGUCCAUUCAGAGCUGAAGGGAACUUGUUAAGUGAUGGGUGCAGGCCUUUGGUGGCAGACCGCCAAGACAGGUAUAAAGUUGGACCUCCCAGUCGUUUGGUCAAAGAACAGGAUGUCAUGUACGAUAUUAUGGUUUCCGGACCAAUUCAAGCGGUGAUGACGGUAUACCAAGACUUCUUCCACUACAGCGGCGGCAUCUACCGUCACUUCAUGUUUGGUGACCAGCAAAUGAAAGGUUAUCACAGUGUGAGGAUCGUUGGGUGGGGUGAGCAGAAUGGAGAUAAAUACUGGCUCGUUGCCAACAGCUGGGGUCCAGAAUGGGGAGAGAAUGGAUACUUCCGCAUCGCUCGUGGCGUCAACGAAUCAGGUAUCGAGUCUUUCAUGGUGUCCGUCCUUUGUGACGUCACGGAGUCUUCCAUGAAAUAA